UCUUUUAGAAUAAUCAUACGUAAUAAUGAACAAUUGUGAAUAUGAGAUUGUGAUUAAUGAAAAAGAACUUUUUCUUUCUGGAGGAAAAGGGAAGCGUUGAACUUUGUCAAUCACUGAAAACCCGCAAUCAUUCUGGUUCCAUUUCUAGUUUUCCCGCCAAAAACAGAUUUCAUAGGCGUAGCUUGGGAAGUGUCUUUUUUAUUAAGGUCAACAUAUAAAUAGGCUUCCAAUUGCCGGAUAAGCUUUAAAAAAAGUUGUGGGUUUGGUUUCAUCAAAUAGGUAGACUCGUCUUUUUCAUUUCUCAUGGUGGGAAAAUAAUAAUCCUUACUGGAAAAGCUGUGUUUUUGAUAUCCAAAGAUGAUAAAGCAAUUAUGUUUAGUAGCUAUCUAUUCGCUACUUCUGAUAUCAGGAAGAACAGAUGCGAGACCAGAUUUUAUUGAAUCUAUGAGCCGGCAAUUCUUUGGUAUUUCUGAUGAUGGUGGUCACCAACACAAUCAACAGCAGCAAGAUCCUUUUUCUGAAAUGUUUGGAUUACAAAGCCAAAAAGUUCAAUCUAGACCACCUUCUCCUGUGCAAAGCCAUCGAUAUAGAACUCACCCUCCUUUGCAGAAUCAUUCGCCAGGACACCGCCCUCCAGCUCCUAAUCAUCAUCAAAGCAAACAACAUCAUCAAGGAUCUGCCCCUCAGCGUCAAGGUUAUUAUCUAAAACCUCUUAAAACUCAUCAUCAGUCUCCUCAUCAUCAAACUCAUCAUGUGCAUGCCCAGCAUGUCAAACAUGACCCACACCCAGAAUACAACGGUCCUCCCCCAGUAUAUGGGCAACAGCAAGGUUUCGGACAACGUAAUCCUGACGCAAAUGAUACUGCCACUGUGGGUCAUCCCGCUGAGAAACAAAGUCAUCAUCAUAUUCAGCCAACACAACUGCAUCAUCAACAGGCUCGACAACCAGAAUACGCAAUUCAGCAUUAUCCUAAGCAUGAAACUAUAGAGUACCAUCAACCACCAGAAACUGUUGUAGAAUAUCAACAGCCUCCAAUAGAAUACCAUGCUCCCCCGCCAUCAGAGUAUCAUCAAGUUCUCCAUCAACCAGCUGUAAUCGAAGAACAUCACGGACCUCAAAUAGAGAUACAUACUGAACCCCAUCACCAUGAGCAUCCAACUCAUGUAGAUUAUCAUCAUCCUCCAGAGGAACAUCAUCAUACUUUUACCCUUCCUAAACCGAAAAAAUUUCACCUGAGCUUCAACCAACCCAGUCCUGAUUACAAAAUAAUCGAUAAGCACUUGAAAAUACCUCCAGUAAAGUUUCGAUUUCACAUAAAUCCUAAAAUUACGAUUACAACUAAUACUAAAGAUCCCCUGGAUAAGAAGCAUCACGAUGAUGAACAUGAUUUAGAGCCAUAUCCUCCACCUGAUGCGUUUUCUGAUCAUGACGCUCCUCCAUCCUACAAUGAGCAUGUACUUGAACAUUAUUCUCCUCAUCACCAUCACCCAUCUUCAUAUGAUAUUCAGAAACAAUAUCCAGCAGACUAUCCAGAAGCAAAGCAUUAUGCAGUGGAUCAUGGACACCAUGCUGUUGAACAUUACGCAGUUGGACAUCAUACUGUAGAAAAACCAGCCUAUCCACCACCAUAUCAUAUUGAUCUCAGUCAAGGGCAUAGCCAUCACAAUCCCCAUCGCAGUGGAAAGCAUUAUGAGCCAACCUUUAAAGUAAAAACUAGACCAAUAAUAUUCACAGAGGCCCCACCAACCAAAGCUACGACAACAACGACCACUGCGAGACCAACCAGAUCAACAGCACGAACGACGACAACUACUACAACAACAACUAGUCGCCCAAGAAGUCGAUCACGAGCUCGCUUGAGUGAGAGAAAUCCCAGUUUUUCUGUCGCAUUUACGCAAACAUCCUCAACAGCAACUACGCCAAUUGAAAGGUCAGAAGUUGUAACUAGUUCUUCAACUACCUCAACUUCAAAUAACUCCGAAAGGGAAAGAGAAAGUAGUGGAAUUUCAGCACGAAACGAUGAUCGAUCAUCAACCUCGUCUGCUACAUCUCAAGCAUCUUCAACUACUACAACAACUAUGUCUACUUCUACUACCACUACAACUACUACACCGAAACCAACAACAACUACUACAACUACACCUCAACCUACAACGUCGACUACUACUACAACAACUACUCCCAAGCCUACUACAACAACUACUACUACCACUACACCUCAGCCAACUACAUCGACUACAACCACGACUACUACUCCGAAGCCUACAACAACUAAAGCAGUAUCCACAACUACUCGUUCAACUCCUGCAGAAGAAACAACUCCUCGUACCACAACGGCAAUUGUCAAUGUUGGCGACAAUGAAAUCGACAUGAAGAAAGAAACCGACUCUCCAAGACGCCGACCUGAACCUUUACAAGUAGAAAGGUCAGAAACACUUACAAUUGAGAGCUCUGAAUCUGUUAAAGUGAUUGAAACAACAAUGCUUAUCGAUGGUAAAAACCAAACUGUACGAUUUUACUAUAUUACACAACCUGUCAAGCUUCCUCCUGAGUUGUUCCAGAAAAUGACAGGACAGAAUAAAUUAUCCACCUCGGGUAUGAGUGUUAUUAAACUCAGAGAUAAAAGAUUUGUAAUGAAUGUCGAUGACUUGGAAUCAAUCGAAAAUCUAUGAUCAAGUUCCUGCAGGUUCCAGGAUUUAAGUUGAAACCAGAUGUGAUAUUAGCAAUAAUGCCGAUUAUUUUUGUUACUCCACAAGGGCCAAAAAGAACAAUUGAAUUUUAUAUGUUGUUUUGUCCAAGUCAUUAUAUGUUUUAAAUAAUUUGAAAGAUAGUGCCUGAUAACAUACUGCUUGAAAUUUUUCUCGUUAGAAUUUACUAAAAGCUAUUUAUGAGAGCAUUUCAAACAAAUUUAGAAGAAAAUUUUUAUGUUUUUUUUAUUUUUAUGUUUUCAGUUCCAGUUUAAUGGUGCCAAUUCAUAAAUGUUUGUUCUAACUCAAAGUUUUAGAACAUUAUAUAUAUUAAAAAUAAACCAAGUACAACGCAUUUAUUAGCAGGUGAAGUAAAAAAAAAUGCUAGCGAAAGAAACUGGGAUCAAUAAUCUUGAUUUUUCUUGUUUUGCAUGAAUGUCAACCAGUUUUUUCAUCUAAAACCAUUAAAACAAGUAACACGUAUUGUAUUUUAAUAACAAUUCCUAAACAUACUUGUUAUUGUGGAUAUGAAAAAAAUUAUAAACGUACAAAACCAUAAUAGUUGAGAAUUGUAAAAUGGCUUGCCGGUAUAAAGACCUUUGGGAAAGAAUACUGAAAGGAGUUUUAGUUUUUAUCAAAAGAUAUAAGAGUUUAUUAAAGUGAGAAUAUAUUCUAUGGUGAAUAGGGGAAUCCAGGUUUCAAAUCCAGGUUUUGCUAUAACCAAUGUUCUAGGAAUUAUAUAAUAAUAAAUACUACAUGACGAACGGUGCCAUAUACCGGUAACAAGUCGUGGCAAAGGUGCAGUAUUUAUGCAAAGUGAAUAAAUAUUUUGUGGAUAAUACAAGUUAUUGGGAAAAAAGCAUCUAACGGGAUAUUAGCCCCUUGAACAAAAUGGGCUAGAAUAUUUAAUCGCGUAGAAUUUUCAUAGCUGCAUAUUAUAUUCUUGUCUUUCAACAGAAAUCAUACAUCAAUUGUUACAAAUGUAUAACACUUGUAUGCAUAGUUACCUCUUUCUUUUUCUGAACAUUAUUUGUGAAAGAGUUACUUAAAAUAAGCUUUCCUAAUUAAUUUCCAUGAACUACAUCGAACAGAAGUUUGAAUUUACUGAUGAAUAGUCUUAUUAUCAUUAAGUACUUUCAACACACAGUUGCACCUUAGAAUGAUAAAGCAUGAGCUCUUUUUUUCCCUUCAAUUUUUGAAUAGCUUUCAAUGAUAGCUGUCCAAACUGCAAUGAUAUUUAGGAUUUUCAUUUAUUGUGUUCAUCAACUGGCUUGUAAUCCUUUUUCUUAUAGGUACUCAAAUAUCAUAAAUGCCAAAUAAUAACGAAUCAAGAUUAUGAAGAUAAAAAGAACUUACUCGAGAGGCGAAUCGAACUUAACAUUGACCAUUGCAAAAGUAACUUUACGAAUUUACAGAGAAGUAAUGAUGGUAGUAAUGAUUGCAUGUAUUAAUGAUAUUCAAAAUUUAAUAAUAAAAAUUAGAGUAACAUCUGA